UGACAGUUAUGACCAUGACUGCAACUGACUACGACGAUCCCAAUGAAGGUACUAAUGCCAGGCUGAAGUACUCCAUAGAGCAGAACCAGGUGAACGAGAAUGGCGAACUCAUCUUCACGAUUGAUGAGGAAACUGGUGUCAUCUCUACAGCUGUCUGUUGCCUGGAUAGAGAAACAAAUCCUGAAUACACUAUUAAAGUCGUUGCCAUGGACGGAGGGGGUCUGAAAGGUACAAACGUUUUCAAAGGCACUGGUACGGCAACUAUCAAGAUCAAAGACAUCAACGAUAUGCCUCCAGAAUUCACGAAAAAGGAGUGGCAAGUGGAAGUGGACGAGACGGAAGGAGACAACAUACCAGAGACACCAAUCCUCGUUGUCUCGGUGAACGAUGGUGAUCUUCUGGAAACCAAUCGAUUCAGUUACAAAGUCAUCGACAAUGCAUUUGGAGCGGAUAAGUUCACAAUGGUUACCAAUUCCGAUGGCACCGGGUCUCUCAAAAUAGCUAAACCCCUUGAUUUCGAAGACUUGCAACAGCGUUUCGGCUUCAACAUCACCAUCCAAGUUAGUGACCACGGCGGCGAAUCCUCCGAACCUUAUCACGUAGACUAUGCCAAGGUUCGCGUGCGUUUGCGAGACAUCAAUGAUAAUAAACCAGAAUUUGAGAAGCCUAAUAUCGAAGUCAUCGUGAAGGAGGAUGCAGAUAUUGGCACGAGCUUAGCAACUUUCAGAGCUACAGACGCGGACCAAGGUGGAAAGUCAAGAGUCAGUUACACCAUCGACCGAUCUUCGGACAAAAAACGGCAGUUUCGUAUCGAUCAGAACGGCGUCGUUAGAAUACAAAGGACCUUGGACAGAGAAGAAACACCCAGGCACCAAGUGAAGAUACUGGCCAUUGACGACGGUACACCACCACGGACAGCAACAGCAACACUCACAGUAGUAGUAAGCGAUAUAAAUGACAAUGCUCCUCGAUUUUUGCGAGAUUACAGGCCCGUCAUUAUGGAACAUUCGCCACCACAAAAGGUAGAAGAAAUUCUAGCAACGGACGACGACGAUCGUUCGAAAGGAAAUGGGCCGCCUUUCACAUUCAGGAUGGAUCCUAACGCUCCAGACAUCAUCAAGCAAUUCUUCGAUGUUCAGCAUGAUCCCACGGGUGCCAAUGGGGAUGGCAUGGCUAUAGUAACAUCGAAAGAGCGCUUCGACCGAGAACAACAGAAAGAGUACCUAGUACCGAUUGUGAUCAAAGACAGUGGAACCCCAUCAAUGACUGGCACCAGUACGCUGACCGUCAUCAUCGGCGAUGUUAAUGAUAACCGGAUGCAUCCAGGCAGCAAAAGAAUCUUCGUUUACAACUUCAAAGGUGAAUCUCCUCCAACUCCUAUCGGCCGAGUUCAUGUAGAGGACUUGGACGAUUGGGAUCUUCCGGACAAAUCAUUUUACUGGGAGAACAACAUUGCCCAUCCCAACUUCGAGGUGGACAAGGAUACUGGCCUCAUUGUCAUGAAGAAUGUGACCAGCGGGGGCACAUACUUCUUGCGCUUCGUAGUUCAUGACCGAGUCCAUACCCAGGAAGUUGCGGCUAAUGUGUCCGUCACCGUGAAGGAGAUUCCAGAAGAAGCCAUAUUCAAUUCUGGAUCCAUCCGCAUUUCAGGUAUCAGCGCCGAAGAUUUCAUUCGCGUCUGGAACUGGACUGAAAACAGACAGGUGAAGAGCAAAUAUCAGAAAUUCCGAGACAUGAUCGCCAGUUUGACAACGACGCGGAAAGACAAUGUUGAUAUAUUCAGUGUCAUUCUGAAACAAGAGAGACCUCCCAUCACCGAUGUGAGAUUCGCCGCUCAUCGUUCCCCUUACUUCAAGGCGAGCAUGCUUAACGGAAUAGUCGCCCUCAACCGGGAGCUGAUUGAGCAAGAAGUUGGCAUUAAUAUCACGAUGGUCGGCAUUGAUGAAUGUCUGUUUGAGAACAUCAACUGCGAAACUAGCUGUACGAAUAUUUUAAUGGUAGAUCGUCAGCCCAUUGUUGUCAACGCCAAUCGUACAUCCUUCGUUGGUGUCAACACAUGGGUUCAACCGAAAUGCGUCUGUGGUGCUCGGGACUUUUCGGAAAUCGAAACCUGCAGGAAGAGGCCUUUACCCUGUCAUAACGGUGGUCGAUGCUUCGAAUCAUACGGUGGUGUGAGCUGCAAAUGUCCAGAGGGUUAUGAAGGCCCUCAGUGCCAGAUGACAACUCGCAGCUUUGGUGGUCGAGGUUGGGCCUGGUUUCCCUCUCUCCAGCAGUGCGAGAAUUCACACCUCAGCCUCGAAUUCAUGACUCGAAAGCCAGAUGGUUUGCUACUAUACAAUGGACCAAUAUCGAAUCCUGAUUUAGGAGAGAUUGCUGUGCAAGACUUCAUCUCCUUAGAAUUACAAAGUGGGAGACCCAGGUUGCUUAUUGACUUCGGCUCUGGAACAGCAGAGAUUGUGGUCUAUGUAGACGAAUCAUUAAGCGAUGGUGAAUGGCAUCAGCUAGACGUUUUCUGGGACCGAGAAACUGUCCGCUUGGUGGUCGACAAUUGUCAGAAGGCUAAAAUUGAAGACUCAGAUCCACCAAAGAUAAACAGAUCUCGCUGCGAAACAAAAAGCAAUAUUCCACCUUUCAACGAAUUUCUUAAUGUCAACACACCUCUACAAUUAGGUGGAGUGCACCACCAGUAUUUGACGGAUUACCGGUGGCAACAUCAGCACACCAGAGAAGGUUUUGAAGGAUGCAUAAAGAAUGUAGUUCAUAACAGCGAGAUGUAUGACUUGGGCAAUCCCGGCAGUAGUUCGGCAAGUAGCCCAGGCUGCAAACCUGCAGAAGAUGCCUGCCAGAGCAACAGCAUCACGAGACACUGUGAACAUGGCACAUGCGUGGGCACUUACAAUUCUGCGAAAUGCAUUUGUUACCCAGGAUAUUUCGGAAUUCGCUGCGACAAAGAAACGAUAUCGAAGAUGUUCCAGCAAAACAGCUACAUUAAAUAUGCUUUGUCCUUCGAGCCCGAUCCUUAUAAGACAGAUAUCCAACUUCAGUUCCGUACUCGACAGAAACAUGGCGAACUUUUCAGAGCUACCAGCAAGCAUGGUCGUGAAUAUUGUAUCCUGGAGAUUCGAGACAAGAAACUUCGCCUCCGUUUCAACCUGAACCACCUUCGAUCAUCAGACGAACACGAGCUCUGGCUUCCUAACGUUCAGGUGAGCGACGGCCAGUGGCACACGGUGAGAGUUCUGAGACAUGGCAGUACGGCCAGUAUGUCAUUGGAUGGCGGUGGAGGCCGAAGAUAUAAUGAACUGCUAGAAUAUGAAGGACAACAUCAGUUGAUGAUGAUUGAGAAGCAAAAUGUUAUCGCUGGGGGUGAUGUCCAAUACGUUGGCCCCGGUGUGACUGUUGUAGAUAAUGACUUUCAAGAAGGUUGCAUGAAUGAUAUUCGAUUGGAUCAACGUUAUCUUCCAAUGGAGAAUGGCUCCGAAAAUGCAGCUGUACUUGAAUGGAGAAAUCUUAUCAAUAAGUGUCCGUCUAAUAAUCCCUGCCAGGGAAUAAUAUGCCCUAAGCCAUUCAUUUGCCUUGAUCUGUGGAUGCUUCACGAAUGUCGGUGUCCCGAAGGUUUUACCAUCACAGAAGAUGGUAAAAAUUGCACAGACGCCAACGAAUGCUUGAGUGAUCCAUGCCUUAACGGCGGAAGCUGUGUCAACCUUCCCAAUGGCGAAGGUUACUACUGCGUGUGCCCCGAUGGCUUCGGGGGACUUUAUUGUGGUGCUCGACACGAAGAAAAGGUCAUGCGACUCAGCAUGGCCGCUCUUGCUGCCAUACUUAUCUGCCUGCUCAAUAUUCUCAUUUUAGUACUGGUGAUCGCAGCAUACACGAGGAACCGAAGGCCCAAUCAGAAGUACGGUCACGGAGACGUGGAUGAUGAUGUCCGGGAGAACAUUAUAAGUUAUGAUGAUGAAGGCGGAGGAGAAGACGACAUGAAUGCUUAUGACAUCACACCCUUGCGCAUACCUAUAGAUGCGACAGGAACGCCAAUCGGUGCUAAACCAGGUCCGGAGAAACCACCCAUAAAGGAACCCCGUCAACGACAAAUACCACCUGGAAAUCACCCUGAUGGUGUGGGAGAUUUCAUUCGUGACCAUUUAGAUAAGGCUGACAACGAUCCGAAUGCACCACCUUUUGACGACCUGCGGAACUACGCUUACGAAGGCUGCGGUAGUACCGCUGGUUCGCUUAGUUCAUUGGCAUCUGGCACGGAGGAUAACGAACAGGAUUUCGACUACCUCAACGGCUGGGGACCUCGUUUCCAGAAACUCGCGGAUAUGUACGGACCUGGAGAAAGCGAAGAAGAUUAAAGUAUACAAUCUAGUCACAUAGGGAUACGAGGAAGUUUACCAUAAAACUAAAAGAGCAGCAAGCAAAGAAAAGUUCUCAAAGUUUUUCUUCCGACAUCACAACAGCAUUGACUUGCGCGCGCACACACUUCAAAUUCUUUAGUCUGUAUGAUAAAAAAUAACCCACCCAAAAAGAAAAUAUUUCAAGAAAUGGUUAAAGAAACUUUGUAUACUGCACGGCAUUCAGUUUAACGUCUCCUGGAUGGAAAAAAAAAAACAUGCGAAAGCUGUUCGAUUCGCUUCCAAACUAGUGGCUGAUGAGGCUCAACGAUUAGUUCCCACAUCAGUCGCCAGGGAGAAAAAUCUCAUUUAAAAAAAUCACCAAAAUUUUGCAUUAAGCUACUGAUGUUUUCUAUUGGUACAUUUGUGCUGUUUAAAUAUAGAAGUAUAGAGUAUUCUUUUUCUGUGUGUGUGUGCAUGUUAGAAGUCGUAGACACCAAGAAACUAUGCGAAAAAAUACUACCUAAAAGAAUUAAGUAUCAUCAUACCACAACAACAAGUGAAUGCCAUUUUCAGACACUUGCUUUGUCAGCAAUCUGUGUGUUUAACGUGAAAUUUAUGUUCCAGUCUGCACCUCUUUCUAUUUAAAAAAAUCAUAUUACUCUCAGCGAACAAUUGUGAGUUUUCCAGUUAGAAAACAAUGCGAAACAAUCGUGAGUUAUUGUCUUUUUUUACUUUUAUUAUAUUUCAUUUUUUGUACCACCACCCCAGCUCACAUCAAAGACACUUCUAUAAAGUGCUCUUGAACUCGCCUGCUUAAGGUGAGUGGGGGAAAUCCCUCUAUCCCUGCGUGGUACACAAUUUGUAUGUUUUGACCUGGAAUCUCGUUGAUCUCCUGUUUUGUGAAUAUUUACAUUUCAGUAGUUUUUGUCAAAGACGGGACUACAAUAUGCCAGUAAAAGCUGAGUAUUGUGUAUAAUAUGUAUAUUCUGUAUUGUCCCUUUAAAUGUCUGUAUUUCUUCAAUUUGAACAGUUAACUUUUUUCAUUAUAAUUAUCAUUGCUGAGGAGAUUUAAAUAUAUUAUUUCAAAUUGGUCUUUCCUUUAUGUUUUGCUAUUGAAUUUAUGAUUUAAGUUAACAGCUCUUCCCCUUCAAUAUAGAAGAAUCAAAAUGGGUGAGUGGCCUUACAUUGCCAGCUGUGAAAAUAUCUAAACCCAAAAAUUUGGAAACUUUUAACAAUAAGUUAAGCAAUUAGUCUAAAUAACCUUUGUAAGAAUAUUUUAAAGGGGAAUAUCGUUGUAAGCUGCAGGAAUAAGAGCUCAAAACUUGAAAUAAAUGGGGAAAAAUGGAAAGAAUAAAUUUUUAUCCUACCCUUAGAUAUUGCAUUUUUUAUUAUGCAGUGUGGCUGUUGAAAUCUGCAGUCUAUUUUAUAUAUUUAAAAUACCAUAAUUAUCAGGAAAAGUUCAAAAUAACUUCCCUUAAGAUAACCUUGUACUUAGUAUUGGUAUAACGGCACGUUUGUAAAUUAAGUUGACUGUUUGUACAUCAUUAGUCAAAGUGCAUUUGUACGUGAUUUCGAGUUAUUUAUGUGCCCUGUGUAUCAGAAAAGCAGAUAUUUAGGAAACGAAAACUUUUUACAUACAGCUGCAAUCAUGUUACAGGGGGUUAAUUUUUUAAAAGUGUAGAGUAACCGUAGUUGAUAACCGCUUUUUCGGCACGUAUCAUGUAAAGAAAGUAUGAAGUCCUCCCUCUGUUGAAAGUGCAGUUUUCGCAAUGUAGCUGACCAGAAUGAUGCACAUUUUUAUUAAUUAGCUUAUAUUUGCACAACUUACCUCUUUUCCAAUCACUGUAGUUUUGCCUUUUUUUUAACCUAUAAGUUAAUGCUAAAAUACAUGCUUGAAUAUCAUCGCUAUGAUAUUUAGUUCGGACGCAAAUUUUUACACGGUUCUGAGGAAAAAACUUACUUUAGAUGGCAAUUUUUGCCACGUUUAAGCUUAAAUUAGCGAAAAAUCAUUUUAAUGUUAUGAAUUACGGAGCAAGCCCUUUUUUUUUUUUUUCCGCUGAUUCAUUCUCUCAGACGAGGAUUCAGAACAUUCUUGAUGCAUUGUGAGUGUAUUUCUCAUUGGGCAAUGAAAUAUAUUCUUUCAAAAGUUUGCCUUUCCCACUUAAUAAUAGAAAUAACCUAAAACUGUAGUGGAAACUAAGGGAACAAUAUAUUUUGCAAUAUAUAUCUUUAAUUGUCAUUUUAUAACGUUUAAAUAUGUAUUUCAAGCUUUUUAAAAUGUGACUUCCGUUCAGCUUUACUGAUUCUACCACUAAAGACGCCAAUUUGAUGAGAGAAAAACAAUCAUUUUUUAACAUCCUUAAAUUUUAUGUUUCCUAUUCAUUAUCAGUCAAUUCAUGAAUAAAUUCAUCACUAAAGUCUAAAUUAAAUGAAUCACUCGAAUGGAAUGAUUGCAUCGUUUUAUAAAAUAAGUAUAACUCUUUAUAAAAUGAAUGCAUCACUCGAAAGCAUCACAUGUGUCAACGCACUGGCUCUCAUGCAUUUUUUUUAUGAGAAAGAGCUACAUUUUAUCCCAUAUGUUAUAGAAAAAUAUCAAUUGAUGGUAAUUGCCAUGGAAAAUUUACCAUGCUAUUAAAUGAAAUCUCAUUAAAGUCUAUAAAAUGUUUCUCAAUGAGAGUUUAAUCUAACAUGUUGUUAAAUCAAAUCUUUAAACUCCAUUCAGAGUACCCUCAAAGAUUUUGAAAGAUAGCUUCAAAACGCAUCAAAAUUUGACUCUUUGGGAGAUAUUACCUCAAAUUUUUAAAAAUAAACUGAAUACAGCAGAAGUAAUUAGCUUUGAAAUAAGCAAAAUAAAAAUGACUACAGAUACCAUGAUAUAUGGUAAAAAGCUUGACUACUUUUUACUGGAACGGGACUUACUUUACUACUUUUUAAACGGGAAAUGUGCAUGUAAAAGCAUGCUUUUACAUGUAACUUUCCCGUUUAUAUAAGUACAUUUAUAUAAGUAAUCUGGAGAAGAAAUGUGUUUUUUAUGGGUCUUUUUGUUUUUUACCGUGUUUACCGCACUCUGUGUCUUUUUGUUUUUUACCGUUUUUUUAAGUAUUUUUGUUUUUUACCGUGUGUUAAAGUUUUAGUGAAUUUAACAGAAAAAAUGAAAUCAUUUAAAAUAUUUUAGAUAACCUAAAGAAAUGUAAGUUGCAAAUGGUGUAAGAAACUCAACGGUUGAAUAUUCUUCUUUCAGCUCAAGAUGCAGGUAUUCAGGAACUACUAAGCGAAAUUAGAUUGUUAUUCCACUAUUUAACCCCAUUUUGAUAUUUUUUACGCAUAAGAUCAAAAGGUUUGAUCGAUGUAGGGUUUUAAGAAAUUGCUAAUUUGUUAUUCAUGGCAAUAUUAUCAACCAACUGUUCAUGAUUUAAUAAAGAAUCCAUUUCACUAUUCUUUAAAAAUUUGUAAAAAUUCUUAAACUACGAAAAUACCUGACAUUCUGCUCUCGCGCCAUUUUUGACAGAGAGCCACUGCGUUUAACCUUUUCCCUUGAACAUCCUGAAAUGUAUCGCUUCAAGAUGUUACUCAGGUUCAUGCCGCCAUAUUAUUCUUGGUUUGAUGUCCAACAGCUUUUAAAAAAGAGAUUAUUAUUUUUUACAAGUUAUUUUGAUCCUGUAAACAUUUUAUGUAUUUUGAGUAAUAGAUUUGAAUUUUAUGAGAUUAGAAGAUAUGUUUUGUUGCUAAAAUGUUUAUACAUUAUUCAUUUUGUACAUUCCAUUUUAAGUGUUUGCAAAUGUGAAAGAAUUGUAAGCAAUAGUUUGCAUUAUCUCCAUCAUAACUUGAUUUUGUGCCAACGUUUUCAUUUUUGUGUUUAUUUAAUUAUUCAUAAUUAUAAGAUAUUAUUAAAACAAAUUCUGGUCGUCUUAUAAAACAUGUGUAUUUCUAGUGAAAAUGGUUAAUAAAAACGAAGAUAUCGGAAUA